AUGUCAGAGACUUCCUCCCACGACUCCUUCUACGAUUCCUUAUCCGACGUGCAGGAGGAAAGCAAGAAUGUGGACCACUUCCCAGGACUCUCUGCUUUUCUCAGUCAGGAAGAGAUAAACAAGAGUCUCGACCUGGCCCGCCGAGCUAUAGCCAGCACUGAAACAGAGGAUUUCGACUCGGAAAAGGAGAUCUCACAGAUUCUCAACAGCUCUCCGGGCAGCCUGUGCGCAAAGCAGGAGGAGGAGGAGGAGGAGGCGAUCAAAUUGGCGGAGCCGGCCUCUUCUGCAAGGUCUCCAGAUCGCAGGCCAACCCCCGCUCAGCCUCUGGCAGUGGAGCAAGCUGAAGGCAUCAGUUCACCUGCUUCUAGAAGAAAACCUGCCCUCUCACCCCUGCUUGCCAGCCCCAGCUAUAUCCGGAGCCUGCGCAGAUCUGAGAAACGUGGGGCAAAAUUUCCCAGCCCCAGUGCAAAGCCGAAGCCUGCGCCUCCAAGCCAGGCCGGGCCCCAGAGCCAGCUGUGCGACAAGGCCGCUAACUUCAUCGAGGAGCUGACAUCCAUCUUCAGGGAAGCAGCCAAGCCGAGAAACCGGAGCCCCAACGGGGAGUCCUCAUCUCCAGACAGUGGGUACCUGUCUCCUAAAACUCAGCCCUCGGCCCUGAUGAGUGCCACAGCCAGCCAGAGCCCCACCGAAGAGCAGCAGGAGAUGGAGGCCAGACCCUGUUACCUGGGCAGGCAGCCGCCCCACCGCCUCACGCACCUGCAGCCACAAAACGGGCUCCACGUGCGCUCGGCGCCCAGGUUCAUCCAGAAGCUCAAGAGUCAAGAAGUGGCCGAAGGAAGCCGAGUCUACCUGGAGUGUAGGGUCACGGGGAAUCCCACUCCAAGAGUCAGAUGGUUCUGUGAGGGGAAGGAGCUACACAACACUCCUGACAUUCACAUUCGCUCUGAGGGCGGGGACCUCCAUACCCUGACCAUCACAGAGGCCUUUGAGGACGACACUGGCCGCUAUACCUGUCUGGCGACAAACACUAGUGGCUCCGACUCAACCUCUGCCGAGGUGUUCAUUGAAGGAGCCAGUUCCACGGAUUCUGACAGUGACAGUUUAACUUUCCGAUCAAAAGCUGGAGCAAUGCCACAAGCUCAAAAGAAAACAACUUCUGUUUCCUUGACAAUAGGAGCAUCCUCUCCAAAGACAGGAGUAACCACAGCUGUGAUUCAGCCUUUGUCAGUCCCUGUUCAACAGGUUCACAGUCCAACUGCACAUCUUUGCCGCACCGAUGGAACCACCUCAGCCUACUUUCCUCCUGUUUUUACAAAGGAGCUGCAGAACACGGCAGCCUCGGAGGGCCAGGUGGUCGUCCUGGAGUGCCGGGUUCGAGGGGCGCCCCCUCUACAGGUGCAGUGGUCCCGCCAAGGAAUUGAGAUCCAAGACUCUCCAGACUUCCGAAUUCUACAAAAAAAACCCAGAUCUACAGCUGAACCUGAGGAGAUUUGCACCCUUGUCAUCGCUGAGACUUUCCCCGAAGACGCUGGCAUCUUUACCUGCUCAGCAACAAAUGAGUAUGGAUCAGUGACCAGCACUGCCCAACUAGUUGUCACUUCAGCCAACACUGAAAAUUGUAGCUACGACUCAUUGGGGUAUGCCAACAAUGACCACUUCCAGCACUUUCCACCGCCCCCUCCAAUCUUGGAGACGAGCAACUUUGAGUUGGCAUCCAAGAAACCAUGUGAGAUCCAGCAGGUGAACAGCCCUGACUUAGGACUCAGCAUGGCAGCCCUUCAGAUGCAAUUCGGUUCUGCCGAGAGGGAAAGCAACGGAGUCCACCCCGGCCAUGGAAUGAAUGGACUGAUGAAUGGCAAGGCCAACGCUAAUAAAUCUCUUCCAACACCAGCGGUCCUGCUUUCACCCACCAAGGAGCCACCGCCCCUGCUUGCCAAACCAAAACUGGGAUUUCCAAAGAAGACGGGGAGAACUGCUAGGAUCGCCUCCGAUGAAGAGAUUCAAGGCACCAAGGAUGCUGUCAUUCAAGAUCUAGAACGAAAACUUCGCUUCAAGGAGGAUCUCCUGAACAACGGCCAGCCGAGGUUAACAUACGAAGAGAGAAUGGCACGCCGAUUGCUUGGUGCAGACAGUGCAACUGUCUUCAAUAUCCAAGAGCCAGAAGAAGAGACAGCGAAUCAGGGCUUUGGGUCUCCUCCUGCUUCUCUAGGGAGUCCUCUGGAUGGUCAAAAGGAAUACAAAGUCUCCAGCUGUGAACAAAGACUCAUAAGUGAAAUCGAGUACAGACUGGAAAGGUCUCCUGUGGACGAAUCAGGGGAUGAAGUUCAGUAUGGGGAUCUGCCUGUGGAGAAUGGAGUAGCGCCAUUCUUUGAGAUGAAGCUGAAACACUACAAGAUCUUUGAGGGGAUGCCGGUGACUUUCACAUGCAGAGUGGCGGGGAAGCCCAUGCCGAAGAUCUAUUGGUUUAAAGAUGGGAAACAGAUUUCUCCAAAGAGUGAUCACUACACCAUUCAGAGAGACCUGGACGGGACCUGUGUCCUCCACACUGCAGCCUCCACCCUCGACGAUGAUGGCAACUACACCAUCAUGGCUGCCAACCCUCAGGGCCGUGUCAGCUGUACUGGACGGCUAAUGGUGCAGGCUGUCAACCAAAGAGGUCGCAGUCCACGCUCGCCCUCCGGCCAUCCUCAUGUCAGAAGGCCUCGAUCUAGAUCAAGAGACAGUGGGGAUGAAAACGAACCAAUCCAGGAGCGAUUCUUUAGACCACACUUCCUGCAGGCUCCCGGAGAUCUGACUGUUCAAGAAGGGAAACUCUGCAGAAUGGACUGCAAAGUCAGUGGGUUACCAACCCCAGAUCUAAGCUGGCAACUAGACGGAAAGCCAAUACGCCCGGACAGCGCUCACAAGAUGCUCGUUCGUGAGAAUGGGGUGCACUCGCUGAUUAUAGAGCCAGUCACGUCUGGAGACGCCGGCAUCUACACAUGUAUAGCCACCAACAGAGCAGGACAGAACUCUUUCAGCCUGGAGCUCGUGGUUGCUGCUAAAGAAGCACACAAACCCCCUGUGUUUGUUGAGAAGCUACAAAACACAGGAGUUGCUGAUGGCUACCCUGUGAGACUGGAGUGCCGGAUUGCAGGUGUACCACUGCCCCAGAUAUUCUGGAAGAAAGAAAAUGAGUCACUCACUCACAGCACUGACCGAGUAAGCAUGCACCAGGAUAAUCAUGGCUACAUCUGCCUGCUCAUUCAGGGAGCCACAAAAGAAGAUGCUGGAUGGUACACUGUGUCAGCCAAGAAUGAAGCAGGGAUUGUGUCAUGUACUGCCAGGCUGGACGUUUACACCCAGUGGCACCAGCAGCCACAGACCACCAAGCCAAGAAAAGUACGGCCCUCAGCCAGUCGCUAUGCAGCACUUUCAGACCAGGGGCUAGACAUCAAAGCCGCCUUCCAGCCUGAAGCCAACCCAUCUCACCUGACACUGAAUUCUGGCUUGGUAGAAAGUGAAGACCUGUAAACCUGUUAAAGCUGAGAUGCGGAACAGCCAUUGCUUUGACCAAUGUAGUCCUGUCACAUUAAGUAAAAUUGACUUAUAAGAAAUU